AAUUCAAGCACUUUAAGCAGCUUUUGGUUUUAGAUUAAUCUUUUCACAUUAAUCAGAUUUGUUUAAUUGUUAACGUUUAUUAGUUUAACACUUUUUUAUUUUAACUUAAAGGUUUUGGACAUUUUUAACUUAAAUUACAUUUCCUGUUUUAACAUACUUCUGCAUCAUGGAUUAGAAAUGGUUUAUUUCAAGUAGUCAAUACAGAAACAAACCUAAAAUAAUUAGUCAAAACUGUGACCAGCUUCAAUUCUAAGACCAUCUUCUUAAAGUUUAAUAGAAAAUUCCAUGUUUAUAAUUUCAAAUAAGAAAUGUAAACAGUUUGAAUUGUUUCACUUCAACUGAACAAAACCUGGCUCCUUAUCUGGAUCCUAAUUGGUCUCGCUGACCCCGUGGGUCCAACCUGAUUGGUUGAUUCUGCUGUCAAUCAUCAGGGGGCGGGCCAAUGUCCGGAGCUCCAAUCGCUUAUUGAAAAAAGGAAAAAAAAGAGAAAGUUUUCAAGAUGGCGGAGUGGGGCUGCUUUGGAAAACAAUAGAAACUCGGAGGCUCGAGGUUCCGAACAGAACCGAACCGCAUACUGUCCAGUCUGCGCCCGCCCGGGAGGGUUUUAUCCGCGGGGGUGACUUGGAACAAGUUAGUUGGACAGAAUGAGGACGUGUUUAAAGGCUCCGGACCGGCCUCCACGCCGCUGGUGAAGCGGAGCUCUGCGAGCUACUAGCAGCUAACGGCUCCGGGAUCAGCUGUUCCCCGGGCAGAUGCUGUAGGAGCGGCGGGCGGCCUCACGCUGUGAUGGAGCGACUCCGCCGAAAGAUCGAGCUCUACCGUCAGCAUCAAAUCAACUGCGAGAGCCGCUAUGAGAAGGCCACGGUGGAGCGGCUGGAGCUGGAGCGCCAGCAGACCGUCGCCCUACAUCAGCGGUGCCUGCAGACCAAAGCCAAGCGGGCCAGCAAGCACAGGCAACCCCCGCCCAGCGGCGACCAGGCUGGACAGAGAGCGGCGCCUGCCAGCACAGACCACGGUGAAAACGGAGGGAUGGCACCGGAGCAGAGCCGAAACAGCACGCUGAUGGCGUUGCAGGAGACGGUGAAGAGGAAGUUGGAGAGCGCCGGUUCUCCGCUCAGCAGAGACCAGGCCAAUGGCUACGGUGAAGGUUUUCCUCCCAACAAGAAGCCCAGUCUGGAACACGGCACCCCCAACGGGCCCCUGCUGGACUCCAAACGGGGAAUCAGCAACCUGCUGAACUUUAACGGGACCAAUGGGGGGUCCGUCAACUCAGCAGACAGUGUUCAGGAGGGAGACUUGGACUUCCACCGGAAGGAGAUGAAGCAGGAGCCGGAGGACAUCCUGCCCAUCAUGCCCCCGUCCGUGGGGGGCAGCAACAGCCUGAUCCCCGACCUGAACCUCAACGAGCAGGAGUGGAAGGAGCUGAUGGAGGAGCUGAACUGCACCGUCCCCAUCGAGGACAUCCAGGACAUCCUAAAUAACGGCUUUGAGGACCGCAAAGAUCCUCUGGAGCUGGCGCCCAGCCCCACCGGAGGGGGGGUUGUGGGGGGAGCAGCAGGAGUCAGGGGAGGAUCGUCCUCCAAAGGUUUGAUUCCCCCAGAUUUAGUCUGUGUCAAGACGGAGUUUUCCCCAGCGUCUGCAGCCUUUGAGCAGGACUCCCACAUGGGCUCCCCCCAUGUCAUGUCCACCCCUUCUGGGCCUCUUCCUCACCCGACCAGCUCCCCCGUCGCCUCCUCUGCUUCUUCUCCAGCUCUGUCAUCCUCCCAGUCCGCUCCUCCUCCCAGACCACACCACCUCCCUCCCCCGGGGCCCCCGGUGUCCAAAGACCUGUCCCCCGCCCAGCAGCUGCAGCAGCUGGCUGCCCAGAGGACCCAGCACCUCCACGGCUCGCUGCAGCCACAGAUGGGGGCCAAGUUCCACAACCAGGGUCACCAAUCCCACCCCCCUUCCUGGACUCAGAUGGUCACCACCUCUCAGGGCCCCCUAGUGGGCUCUUUUGGCAUGGACAAGCCCAAGAGUCCGUCCACGUACUCCCAGGACUUCAGCCCGAAUGCCCCGAAGCAGCUUCUGAUGGCCCCCCAACAAAACAAAGGUUCUCCAAAGGCGGGGGGAGGCUACUUACAGCGCCCGAAUGGCCCUCCCAGAAUGAUGAAUCAACUGUCCGCAGGGUCUCAGCUUAGUCACCCGCAGACCUCUGUGUCUCAGGUCUCCUCUCAAAUGUUGAACUACAGCAACACGGAACCUCUGAGGCACUUUGAGAUGGCCCCCACGCCACAGCGGCCCCCCAACACCCCGAGCAAGGCCGCCAUACUGCAGCUGGUGCGACAGCAGCACAUAAAACCCCACAGCAUGGGCUUCCGGCAGCACGGUCCACACGCACAGGACCAGAACAACUACCCAGCUCCUCCUCACGGCCCCGCUAACGUGUCCGGGAACAACCCCUGUGCUGCCCAGCCGGCUGCGAACUCCGCCGGAGGUAACCAUGGUAACGCGCCCUACCUGAACAGCCAGGCGGCGGUGGCAGCAGCUCUGAAGCAGCAGAUCCUGGAGCAGCAGAAGAAGCAGCAGAUCCUGCAGAGGCAGCAGCUCAUGGCUGAACAGGAGAAGCGGCAGCAGGACCAGCAGCUACAGCGACACCUGACCCGACCUCCUCCACAGUACCAGGAUCAGUCCGGACCACCGGCCAAUCAGAACCAGUUUCCUCAGCAGCAAGUCGGACAGUUUCCAGCUUCUCAGCCAAUGGGGAACUGCAGCUCCAUGGGAGUGACCAACAGCAGUUCUCGAGUCUUCUCCCAGAACCAAAGCAUGAUGGGAAUGACCAUGGGGCAAGGGGCUGGCCCUGGAACAACUGUAGCUCCACCCACAGCUGCAAGUCAGGCCGACAUUAACCUGCCGUCGUGUGGUGGAGGAAGUGGCGCCGCCGUGGACUCCCUGUACAACAACAUGAACCUACAGCACAGCCUGCAGCGUCAGCAGAUGGGCCCCAUGAGCGCCCCCUUCAGGCAGAGCCUGCUGGGCCAGCAGCACCUGAAGCAGCAGUCCAAUGCUGCCAUGUUAAAGCAGCAGCAGCAGCAGCAGUUGGCCGCCGCCCGCAUGCCCAGCACCAUGCAAAGCACUAUGGCAGGCGGGCUGCAGGGUCAGAUGCAAGGAGGUCAGAGCGCCACCUGGCAGCAGCAGCAGCAGCUCGCCAACCAGCCGACCUCCGGUAACCCCACCCUGCCACCCAGCGUCUUCAACAACCCCUCCAACGCUUUCCACAUGCAGCAGCAGCAGCGCAUCCCCAAGAUGUCCUCGGGGUCCGUCUCCUUCGCCUCCAACCUCAGCGGGCUGCCCAUGAGUGGUCUGAACCCCGGACAGCAGUUGAUCCAGACCAACAUGGCCGCCCAGCAGAGAGCCCCGCCUCCGGCCCAGAAUAUGGGCCAGCCUUUGGCCAAUCAGCAGCAAGCUCAGCAGCAGCAGGCCAACCAGAGCCUGUCUGACAUGGUGGCUUUUGGACAGCAGGUGAGCGGGCGGGCGGGGCUCCAGUGUAACCAGGGUUACCAGAUGAGCAGGACGGCCAAUCAGCAGCAGCAGCAGGUGUCCUUCGGUUACAACGCCGCGUCUGGGAGCUUUGCCGCCGAGAGCGAGCUGGUGGACUCGCUGCUGAAGGGGCAGGAGUGGAUAGCUGAACUGGACGCGCUGCUCGCCAACCAUCAGUAAGUGUCCACGCCUAAGCUGAGUGAACCGCCAUCCACUUCCUGCUGUAGGCGGGACUUGAGUAAAUGUGGGUGGGGUUUGUCUACGCCCUCAUCUGCGGAGCAGCUGCUUCCAAAAGCGGCCCAAUCAGCAGACCCAUCCGGCUGGGUGUGGGAUGGCGGCUCUGGGCUGGGGUCAGAGAGAAGAACAAGGACUGGCUCUGCGGACCGUCUUAGAAGCUGGUACAGGUGUUCCGGUCCGUACGCGGUGUCCUACGCUGGUCUUCAGUCUGAGGAGACGACCCGAGUCCAGCACCAGUCUGUGUGGAUCUGAUGAUCCGGGUCUGGAUCAGCUCGCACUAAGACUACUCCUGAACCUCUGGCUCAGCGCUAAACCACUGUAUUUGCCCCCACAGCGCCACCUUCAGGCCGGCAGAGCCCUGCAGCCAGACGACCCGUUAACGUUUCUGAUGAGGUGAGGUCGCUCUGAGCCCAACGGGAAGAAACGGUGUGACUCGUGAGGAGGCGGAGUCACUUUAAAUGACCUCCCCUGAAUUCUGGAGUCUGCUGUUACCAACUUUACCGUUUGUUCUGGACCAACUAGGUGUUCUGAUUCAACCGGGACAAACCCACUCUGACACUCAAAGAAAACGGGGUCCUUUAAAGUUUGACUCCCUCACCUCCAUCUUUCUUCCUGAGCGCGUCCAGAACCUCAGGUGGUUCUGAAGGUCCAGCUGUCUGACAGGCUGCAGGCUUCCUGAUCUUCAGAAACACGUUUGGGUUCUCCUGAUCCGUUUUGAGGGAAGGUUCUAGCAAAAACCUGCCUGAGCCCUCAGCUUUUAUUUUAAACUUUCUUCCUUUGGAUUUACUGAAACUCGUGACCCCCCCCCCAGCACAAAAGAUGACCUUUAGCUUUUUGUACGUUGACCAUCGUUUAAAUGGAGCAGAAAAACUCCUCUGGACCAGAACCAGAGCCCAGUUUGUUCUUCCAGACGACUCGUUUGUUCAGGGGUGAGAGCUGGCUCCACCCAACAUGAAGGGCGGGUUCUGGUCCGCUCCCUGUGGGCUCAGAGCGGCCUCAGCUGGCGGGUUCUGCUCCGGUCAGGUUCUGCCGGUUCCUGUGGGCCGGGCUGCUUUGGGGGGGCUGUUUGUAAAUGCCUAUAAAUAUGUUUUGUAUGUAAGCCUUUCCUAACGAUCUGGAGAAGAUAGAAGUUAUUUUUAUAUAUUGCAGCAGAUUUUUGUAAGUAUUUUAUACUUUUGAUAUGUUCUCUGUAAGACAAGAGUAUUAUGUAAAAUAUAGUUCUUUAGAAACAC